GGGUAUAACUACAGAUGUUCCUGGCAAGAUUGUGUUGCUCAUCAUGAAUGUCAAAGCACUGACCUAGGGGUGUUAUCUUAUAGCUAAAAAUUUUCUGUACCAUUUUCUUUUACUUAUGUACUUCAGUAAUUUAUAGGCCCAUGAGCCCAAUAUAUUUGUAAUUAUUGGCUUAGGGCUUCCAUUUGUAAAUUGUUACAGUUAAGUCAUCACCCCCAGCAUCCGAAGCCUGGAGCUCUCUUGUCGGUGUUGGUGAUGUCAGGUCUAGAAUCUACUCUUGGGGCUGUCUGUAGGUUGUUUAUCACCAUUAGCCCUCAUUAUUUUAAAUGAGUACCCACCCACCUUAUACUCUGUAACCACAUGUUUCCAGAGCUUCUCUGGAGAUUAUAUCUUGCAGGUCCCCCCUCCCUUUCUUUUCUUUUUCCCCUCCUUACUUGCAAAUGCUUUGUAAGUGAGGCCCAGAAAAUAUGAAGGAAAACACCUAAAAAGAUAGUAUGUGAAAUUCAGAUCAGUUUGGAAACAAGUGUUGCUUCUGACUCUGAAGCUUUGGGAGAAAAAAAAAACCCUCACCAAGUGUGUUUAACACAUAUUAGUUUGUAAAUAUGGAGUCCCACUAAUUGCAUUUAUAGCUCACAGCAAAACUACCUGUUAUGUCUUGUUACUCUGAGGGGGGAAAAAUGAGAGAGUUAUAUAGGUGUAUGCAUUUUACAAAAUUGGAAUUCAGGGAAGAGUGUGGUGUAAAUUCUUUUAUAAUUAUGUGUCUUUUUCUGCUGAGGCAGUUAGUCAGUUUUUCUGUUGCUGUGAUGCUCACCUGAAUUCAGGUGUCCCAAACUUAGAGGAAGGGCUUCCCAGGUGGCUUAGUGGUAAGAGAAUCCACUUGCCAAUGCAGGAGAUAUGGGUUUGAUCCCUUGUUUGGGAAGAUCCUCUGGAGGAGGAAAUGGCAACCUGCUGCAGUAUUCUUGCCUAGGAAGUCUCACGGACAGAGGAGCCUGGUGGCCUGCAAUCCAUGUGUCAUGAAGAGCCAGACAGGACUGAGCACACGCACGUGCACACUUGGAGGAAACGGGAUAUCAGCAUGAAUAACAUUACUCAGUUACCAGAAGAUGCAUUUAAGAACUUCCCUUUUCUAGAGGAGUUACGAUUGGCUGGCAACGACCUUUCUUUUAUCCACCCAAAGGCCUUGUCGGGGUUGAAAGAACUCAAAGUUCUAACCCUCCAGAACAACCAGUUGAAAACAGUACCCAGUGAAGCCAUUCGAGGACUGAGCUCUUUGCAGUCUUUGCGUUUAGAUGCCAACCAUAUCACCUCGGUGCCCGAGGACAGCUUUGAGGGACUCACUCAGUUGCGGCAUUUGUGGCUGGAUGACAACAGCUUGACGGAGGUGCCAGUGCAUCCGCUCAGCAAUCUGCCCACCCUGCAGGCGCUGACCUUGGCACUCAACAAGAUCUCCAGCAUCCCUGACUUUGCCUUUACCAACCUGUCCAGCCUGGUGGUUCUGCAUCUUCAUAACAAUAAAAUUAAAAGCCUGGGUCAACACUGUUUUGAUGGACUUGAUAACCUGGAGACCUUGGACUUGAACUAUAAUAAUUUGGGGGAAUUUCCUCAGGCUAUUAAAGCUCUCCCCAGCCUAAAAGAGCUGUUAUUUCAUAGUAAUUCUAUUUCUGUUAUCCCUGAUGGAGCAUUUGAUGGUAAUCCACUCUUAAAAACUAUACAUUUGUAUGAUAAUCCUCUAUCUUUUGUGGGGAACUCAGCAUUUCACAAUUUGUCUGAACUGCAUUCCUUAGUCAUUCGUGGUGCAAGCAUGGUGCAGCGGUUCCCCAAUCUGACUGGAACUGUCCGUCUGGAGAGUUUGACCUUGACAGGUACGAAGAUAAGCAGCAUAUCCAGUAAUUUGUGCCAGGAACAGAAGAGGCUUAGGACUUUGGACUUGUCUUACAACAGUAUAAAAGACCUUCCAAGCUUUAAUGGUUGCCAUGCUCUGGAAGAAAUUUCUUUGCAGCGAAAUCAGAUCCACCAAAUAAAGGAAGAUACUUUUCAAGGCCUGACAUCCCUAAAGAUUCUAGAUCUUAGUAGAAACCUGAUCCAUGAAAUUGAUGACAGAGCUUUUGCCAAGCUUGGGUCAAUAACGAACUUAGAUGUAAGUUUCAAUGAGUUAACUUCAUUUCCAACGGAAGGCCUAAAUGGGCUAAAUCAACUGAAACUUGUGGGCAACUUCAAGCUGAAAGAAGCCUUGGCAGCAAAAGACUUUGUUAAUCUCAGGUCUUUAUCUGUACCAUAUGCUUAUCAGUGCUGUGCAUUUUGGGGUUGUGACUCUUAUGCACAUUCAAACACAGAAGAUAACAGCCUGCAAGACCACAGUGGGUUAAAGGAUAAAGGUCUCAGUGAUGUGGCAGGUGUCACCAGCAGUACUGAAAAUGAGGAGCACAGUCAAAUCAUUAUCCACUGCACACCCUCGACAGGUGCUUUUAAGCCCUGCGAAUACUUGCUGGGAAGUUGGAUGAUCCGUCUUACUGUGUGGUUCAUUUUCUUGGUUGCAUUGUUUUUCAACCUGCUUGUCAUUUUAACAACAUUUGCAUCUUGUACAUCAGUGCCUUCCUCCAAGUUGUUUAUAGGCCUGAUUUCUGUGUCUAACUUAUUCAUGGGAGCUUAUACCGGAAUCUUAACUUUUCUGGAUGCCGUGUCCUGGGGCCGAUUUGCUGAAUUUGGCAUUUGGUGGGAGAUAGGCAGCGGCUGCAAAAUAGCUGGGUUUCUUGCCGUUUUCUCCUCCGAAAGCGCCAUAUUUUUACUAAUGUUAGCAGCCGUCGAAAGAAGCUUAUCUGCAAAGGAUAUAAUUAAAAACGGGAAAAGCAAUCACCUCAGACAGUUCCGGAUUGCUGCCCUUUUGGCUUUUCUGGGGGCCGCAGUGGCAGGCUCUUUCCCCCUUUUCCAUAGAGGGGAGUAUUCCGCAUCCCCUCUGUGCUUGCCAUUUCCCACCGGGGAAACCCCUUCGUUAGGGUUUACCGUAACUUUAGUGCUGUUAAACUCAUUAGCAUUUUUAUUAAUGGCCAUUAUCUACACUAAACUCUACUGCAACUUGGAAAAAGAAGACCUUUCCGAGAACUCACACUCUAGCAUGAUUAAGCAUGUCGCUUGGCUCAUCUUCACCAACUGCAUCUUUUUCUGUCCCGUGGCGUUUUUCUCUUUCGCGCCAUUGAUCACCGCCGUCUCAAUCAGCCCCGAAAUAAUGAAGUCUGUUACUCUGAUAUUUUUCCCAUUGCCUGCUUGCCUGAAUCCAGUCCUCUAUGUCUUCUUCAACCCAAAGUUUAAAGAAGACUGGAAGUUACUGAAGCACCACGUUACCAAGAAAAGCGCAUCGGCCUCAGUUUCCAUCAGCAGCCAAGCUGGUUGUGUGGAGCAGGAUUUCUACUAUGACUGCGGCAUGUACUCACAUCUGCAGGGCAACCUGACUGUGUGUGACUGCUGCGAAGCCUUCCUGUUGACAAAGCCAGUGUCCUGCAAACACUUAAUAAAAUCACACAGCUGUCCUGCCUUGACGGUGGGUUCUUGCCAAAGGCCAGACGGCUAUUGGUCCGACUGUGGCACGCAGUCUGCCCACUCUGAUUAUGCCGAUGAAGAAGAUUCCUUUGUCUCAGACAGUUCUGACCAGGUUCAGGCUUGCGGAAGAGCCUGCUUCUAUCAGAGUCGAGGAUUUCCUUUGGUGCGCUAUGCUUACAAUCUCCCAAGAGUUAAAGACUGAAUCCAUGUGUUGGUAACUGUUUCUCCCAUCAACCAAAAUCACAGUGUUUAUAAGAAUGAACCCUAGUCUGAUCUCUCAUCUGGGAAGCACUUCAGUGAUCACUGCCCGGUGUCACUUAGAAGAAGGAGAAAGGUGGCAGUUAUUUCUUCAACCAGACCUUUGCAAAGGACAAGUGCCUGAACUAUUGAUUGAUGACAAAAUGCAGUGUCCAAGCAAUGUGUAGUCUAUUUGAAACAAAUAGUUAACUUGAAAAAGAUUUUAUGUAUAUCGUAGCAAUAUAACGUUGGGUUUUUCUGAUCCAUAAGGAGCAAAUUUAUACCUGUUUCUGAAUUAAGCACAAGAUAGAGAACAGCUGUUAAUAUUUUUUAAGAAUAUUUUAAAUGGUGAUUUUAUAUAAUUGAAGAAAAAGGCUUGCUAAUUUUACCUAAUGUUUCAUCAUUAAUCUCAGGACAACUUACUGCAGGGCCAAAAAAAAAAAGGUAGGGGGGAAUCGUUUCCCAGACAGGACCAUGAGAGUGGAUGUAGGCACUAAAUUCUUGCAUUUUUCUAAUCCAUCUCUGACAUAAUAGAAUCAUCAAUUUUGUGUAAGAGAUUAAAACCUGAAGAUGUUUUUAAAACAAUAUUAACAACUGUUAGAUUUUAAAAGAAUAACGGAACACAUUUGUCUUCAGUCAUUAUGCAUUGCUUUGUUUCAAUCAGUAAUUUUUUCUUCAGUGCUUUGUGAUCAUACUAUUAGGAAAAAGUAAAGGGCUCACUGCUGUGUGAUUUUAGUAGAUUUGGCUAAACUACUAACAGGGGAUUUUAAAAGUAUCUGAGGGAGUUGAUGGCUCCGUAUAAUGUUCUCCCUGGAGAA